AUGCUCUUCAUGACUCUCACCUCGCUGAAACAUUGCGGGUCGUGGGAUGUCGUGUCCGCACUCUUCGACGACACAUCAGCCUCGUUCUCCAACCGUGUGAACUCGUUCCUCAAAACUCUGCAUCCCUUUCUCGUUGGACGGUACAUCGAUGCUGUGGCCGACAAGUACACGAUGGAGCACUUGGAGACCAACAAACGCCGCUUUGCCAACUACCCGUGUGCCCUCUACGCUGUCGACGUCACGUUCCAGAAGACCAACAUCCCGGCUAGAAGUUUUCCAGAGAGGAAGCGCUUCUUCAGCAAAAAGCACGGACAGCAUGGUGUCAAGGUGGAGGCAAGCGUAUUGCCCAACGGCCUGGCCAUCAACGUCACCAAUGCGGUGCCAGCUAGCAUGGCUGAUAUCGCCAUUGCCCAGUCCAACCGUGAAUUCCACCUCAACAAGCUCGCCAAGACCCCGUCCGAACUCGACAUGGCUGACCAAGGUCCACUCCGUGAGGAGUAUCCAGCUUCUUGGGCGAUUUUGGCGGACAAGGGAUACCAAGGUCUCCACCGCAACCUUCGUGCCAUAACGCCAACCAAGCGGCCGGCGGGUGGUGUUUUGACGGUGUCCGAAAUGGAUGUGAACGACAAGAUUGCCAGUGACCGUGUCAUCAUCGAAAAAAUUUUCGGACGUUUGAAGACGUUGUGGAGUGUGGUGGGCGACACGUUGAAGUGGAAGCGUGACAACUACGACAUCUACUUCCAGUCAUAUGUUGCGUUUACGAAUGUUCAUAUUCGUUUCAUGCCACUGCGGGCGGAAGAUGGCCAUGAUCUCCAUCGCCUUGUGAAUGGGCUCAUAUCUACGGGUCAGAAGAAAAAGGCGAAACGUGCGGGGUCGGUGGCAAUGUCGCGUGACAAGCGCAAGCGUCGUUUGAGUGCAAUGUACGCAAAUGGGGAGACUUUUCAGCUUUCCGCUGAGAUGGAGUAUGACGAGAGCGAAGAUGGUAGUUGUAUUUUCGAUUAG